UCCGGCAAGCACAGGACAAUAUUCCAGAAUAAUAAAACAAACCGGACUUUAACGGGACAGCUAGAUCUACAGAAGGGUCCAUACCCAGUUUCUAUUUGAUAUAUUCGACCCUUUUCACUAAAUAGACGGGAGCUUCAGCCCACCGUGUAUAUGUGUGUGUUUAUUCCCGGUUUUGGAUCACAAUGAUGCAAAGUGCCGCUGUUCUACCAACAGAGAGUCCUGUGAAGGGUCUACCGGAGAUACUCGGAGUGCCAAUGCAACAAAUCCCCCAGUGUGCGGGCUGUAGUCAACACAUCCUCGACAAGUUCAUCCUGAAGGUGCUGGACCGCCACUGGCACUCCAAGUGCCUCAAGUGCGCGGAUUGUCAAGCGUUGCUGGCAGACAAGUGUUUCUCGCGGGCGGGAAAUGUGUACUGCAAAGAGGACUUUUUCAAGCGGUUUGGAACAAAGUGUGCAUCAUGCCAACAGGGGAUACCGCCGACCCAGGUGGUGCGGAAGGCCCAGGACUUUGUGUACCACCUGCACUGCUUCGCCUGUGUCAUGUGCAGCCGGCAGCUGGCCACUGGGGAUGAGUUCUACCUCAUGGAAGACGGCAGGCUGGUGUGCAAGGAGGACUACGAGACGGCCAAACAGAAUGAUGAUUCAGAGGCAGGUGCAAAGCGACCACGAACCACCAUCACAGCCAAACAGCUGGAGACCCUUAAAAUCGCCUACAAGAACUCUCCCAAGCCAGCGCGCCACGUCCGCGAGCAGCUCUCCUCAGAGACGGGGCUGGACAUGAGAGUAGUGCAGGUGUGGUUCCAGAAUCGUCGUGCAAAAGAGAAGCGUCUGAAGAAGGACGCAGGGCGGCACCGCUGGGGUCAGUUUUACAAAAGUGUCAAACGUAACCGAGGGGGCAACAAAGUGGAGAAGGAGAGUUCAGCAGAUGAUGCGGGACUGAGCGACAGUGAGCUCAGCUUCAGAGACGACCAGAUCCUGUCAGACCUGGGCCACACCAACGGUCUGUAUGGGAGUGUGGGCGACGUGGCCAACGGAGGCUUGUUGAACGGAGGCUUCUCUCUGGACGCUGCUGGACAACCCUAUCAUGACAUUCGGCCGGGCAGUCCCUACGGCCUCCCCCAGUCGCCGUCGUCCAUCGCCUCGCUGUCCGGCCACACCCCGCUGCUCAACAACCUGGGCUUCACCAUGGACAGCAUCAUGAUCCAGGGGGGGCAGGGUGGCGUGGGACAGGCUCUCAGGGCCAUGGCAGGAGGCCCCACCUCUGACCUCUCCACAGGGAGCAGCACGGGCUACCCAGACUUCCCCACCAGCCCUGCCUCAUGGCUGGACGAGAUGGACCACUCCCAGUUCUGAGCUCCACCAUGAACACAGCAGACUGACUGGGGAACAGAGACAGACGAAGCAGGCUUUUUACAUUUCUAUUUCCCUGAAACUUGAUAUAGUUUGUUGUCCAAUAAUGGAUGUGGAAGUGGUAGACAUGCUACACGUCAGCUACCCUCCCACCACAACAGAGUAAAGGAAGUAUGGAGACCCACCACUGACCAGAGCAGAGCAGUGGCGCCACACAGAACAGAACGGAAGGACGAAACACUACUGAAUGUUGAACUUACACUGUAUUCUACUUUUUUUAUGGAUGGAUUUUUUUUCAUUCUUUGGAAAAACUGGAUUUGAAAUUUCCAGCAUGAGUUUGUGCAUUGGGAUGGUGUUUGUCAUUAAACCCUGAGGCAAGCCCAAACAGCUAUCAGCAAUGUACAGUGGUUAGCUAGCUUAGAGGAAGUAUUUAGUGUUGUGCGCAUUGCGUCUAUGCACUUAGCUAGCUACAGUCCCAUAGCUUACAUUGCAUAUGAAGUGUGACUGGCUCAUCCGUGGAUGU